GCGGCCUGGGUUCGACAUCUUUCCAAAGAAUUUCCCACACUGGCAUUUCAUGCUUCAAUCAACAACAGCUUUGGCAAAGGAUCUUUAAUAUCCUUAUUAAAACAAUUCAGCAUUCUUCACAAAGACCGAAAGCAAGUAUCAGUUGGUCUAAUUGGCUAUCCUAAUGUUGGGAAGUCUUCUAUUGUCAACACUCUUCGUGGCAAAAAGGUCUGCACCGUAGCUCCUAUUGCUGGUGAAACUAAAGUUUGGGCCUACCACACCCUUGAAAAACGGAUCUAUCUCAUCGAUUGCCCAGGCGUAGUGCCACCUAAUCAGCAAGAUACUGACGAGGAGCUCCUGCUUCGAGGCAGUAUACGAGUAGAGAAUGUAGAAUGGCCAGCUCAAUACGUUGAGACUGUACUUCAGCGUGUAGAGCCUAAACACCUCCAGCGGACGUACGAAAUAUCUGGAUACAAAGAUUCAACAGGGUUCCUUGAAAUGCUAUGUCGCAAGCAAGGUAGGUUGCUAAAAGGAGGCGAAGCAGAUCUAGACGCAGUUGCCCGCAUUGUGUUGAAUGAUUGGAUAAGAGGAAAAAUUCCAUGGUUCACGCCUCCCCCAGACAAGGAUGGCGAGACUUCGGUCAAAGGAAUAGACGGACGUGAAGGGAAACUGGGCGAGAUGUCUAGGAAGAGAAAACGUACAGAGAACGCUCCGGGCGCUAGCAACGUGGACGGCGGCAGCGAAGCUCAAGCUCAAACUGACGAUAACGAUGACGACGAGUUUUCGGGCUUCAGUGACGAUGGCGAAGUGGUCGCAGAUGAGGACGAGGGCGAGGGCGAGGGCGAGAACGUCAGUGAAGACGAAGGAGACGUUGAACAAGAAGUUGCAGCGAUAUCUGCUGUACUGGCGAAUGCGAGAAAACGGCAGAAACAGUAG